AUGGCGACGGGAUUUAUGCCUUUGUUCUUCCUGACGUUUGCUGUUACCUCCAAUGCCCACAACUUCUUGAACUCCAAUGAAGUGACGGAAAAUGAGGUGCAGCAGAGCUUGAUGGACAACCUGCAGAGCAACGUUGAGCAGGGGCAGAAGUGGGCUGAAAUUCACCAGGCGCUUUUGCCCACGUACAACGCUCUGCCGAAGAAUUCGCAGGGCUUGAUUGACCACCAAGCGGUGCGUUACGUGCUUCACCGCAUGUUCGUUCAGAAGUAUGGUUGGUAUAUCAAAGGAUUGGAGCCCAGCGGAGAUCAUUGGCAUGAAGAGUCUACAGACAAGCCUGAGCUUGCCAAAGUCAAGGAGUGGGUACCCAGCUACUUGCAAGAUUUGCUGGAAAAGCGGCUCCAUCACAAGGGGCUUGACCUCAACAGCCUGGUCCAGCUGGCCCUUGCCCUUGAGGAGCUUGUGAACCACGAGUCAAAGAACCGAUUGACCACAGCCUACGAAAUUCAUGAUUUCCCAACGGAUGGGGGAUUGACCAGAGAUGAAGCAGAUGACCUUGUGCGCACCUGGUACGUGAGCUUCCUGUUGGCCGGGAACUUCUCAGCCAGCUCUCCGGAAGAGGUGCAUGCAAAGAAGGCCGUUUUUGCCAGGAAGUAUUCCGACUGGCAGGAUGCGGAGAACUGGCUGGGAGAGCUGGAAAAGGAGCACUACGAAGGUGAACCUGCACAAACCUUCGACUCCAACUUCCGUCUUGUGCAGAAGAUUGGAGAGAGGUAUUUCCACUUCAAUGAUGGCGAGUGCCGUGCAUUGAAGGCCACCAUGCAAGACAUGGAAGGCAAAAAGGCUGGCCGAGUGCGGCUCUCCACCUUCUAUAAGAAGUCCCUCUACAGCCACUGGCGAUUUACGGAGAAGGCAGACUAUUUGCGGAAGCUGGGCGCUCUUGAUGACUCUGAUCCUCAGCAACCCCAGGUCAUCAUGGCGAACUAUAUGAUGGCUCGACCAAAUUGCUUGGAGGCUUCCGGCUUGUAUGCCAUUUGCUGCCGCAAUGAGUGUGAAGACCUGAUGGGCCAACUUGAAAGUGAGCUGAAGACAUCUAUGGCGGAACCUUCGAGGAUCCUGCAAUUUGUCUCCAACCUUGCUUCGGAUACAGUGGCAGCACCACGUGAGCUGAGCCAAGCUCUUCAAACUCGUUUGAAGGAGGUGGCCAACCUCCAUGGCGGAAAGGUGCCUAUCCACGGCCGGCUUUUUGCACAGUGGAUGCACCAUGCCUUUCCUCGAGAGUGUCCUUAUCCACACGAGUUCGGCACCACAAGCCCUCAGACGCCAGACGAGUGGAUGAAGGAGACCGGGGAAAGCGACUCCUCUGCCACCUUGGAGGAGAUGCAAAAGCAGGUUGCCAGUGAUGUCUGCCAGCUGGACGAGAAUGGCAAUCCAAAGGCUGGUUGCAAUGAGGAUGAAGAUCUGCCGUGGAGCGGUGCCGAGGAGCUUUUGGUCAAGAGCACGCCGAGCGUGUCAAGCACACCAGUCAAGACGGCGAAGCUAGAGACGAAGCUUCCAGACACUCCUACGCCGGUCCCAUCGCCCACAGUCACGCAGAAGGAAGUCGCCCAGGCCAAGCCAGGAGCAAGAGGGGUCAUUUGCGCAGUGCUGCUGUCAAUCACCCUUGCAACAGCUUUGAUCUGGGACUAUAUACGUGCAGCAGCCAACAGCCGACAGAGCAAGGGUGAGGUUCUCUAUAUCAACCAGAUUUCGAGCCGGGACUUGGAAAACAAGCUUGCUGGAUGCAAGAAGGCAAUGGCUGUUUGGGCCCUGGCUUCGGUUGCUUGGAUGAUGGAUCUUUUGGAUACCACAAUCUUCAGCUGCUCGAUGUGCUGUGGCAUUCUGAUUCUGACGGCCCGCAAUCUCCCAUUUGGCUUCGGACCCAAGCGCGGGAUGCACAAAGUAUGA